AUGGAUAAGGCUAGCACGAAUACUCCUCUCGCUUCAUCUACCCGAACAAAACAACCCAAGAAGAGAAAUAGUGACGUGCGCAAAGAGCAGAACAGAAUCGCGUCCCGUGCAUAUCGAGAGAAGCGCAAGCAAAAGUUAGCUCUACUUGACGAGAUACUGAAAUCUGAUUCUCAAACAGAUUCGAUGAGUUCGGUAUCCGAUGAGACAGAUGGAUACAACGGCUCGUGGACCUUUCAAGAUAGACAAGCCUCGGGUAGCCCUGUUCCAGGGGCACUUCAGGUGCCUGCCGUAGCGCAAUGGGCCGCUGCAAGUCCCUCCAUAUCUUCAUCAGUCCCAAGCUACGGCCACGACGCGUAUGAGGGUUGGAUGAACUCAUUCAAUCAGCCAGACAAUACGUUUCCUACCAGUAACGAAUAUGCGCACUCUUUCAUCCCCACCGAAGUUGGAGAUAAUUCUUUAGGAAACCCGGUUCAAUUCACUAUACAAUCUCUCACGUCGGCACCUUCGACGCCUUCGUUGCCUCCCAUCCCACUGGAUCCUUUGCUCGUUGCAAACAACUUCGCACCGCAACACCGCCAUAACCAAUUGGCACAACCCCGAAACAUUCCGAGUUCAUCUAACCCGAAUUAUAGCAAUGAUGAAACUCAAAGACAAUUAUGGGUCGCCUCUCUUGAAGACGAUGUGUUGGUAGAACUUGAGAGGUUCGCAGGAUAUAGCCAUAUUCAACAACAGCAGAUUUUGGCUAUGAUACAGAAGAGAAGGAGCUUAGCACAGAAUAGGUCAAGCCAUCAAAAUGUGGAAUUCAGGUAUCCAACCUGUCAAGCUACGCCUCCAUCAACAGCACAAUUCGUGAACACUGACUUUCGGAAAUACCAAAGCAUGCGACAAGUCUCUGGAUCACCUAUCCCAAGUGGCCGUCGCUAGAUCCGUUUCAUGCGGACUAGGACCACUGGCCCGAGUAUUGUAGCCGAUGAAAAACCCAAGGCCUUCUAAGUCGUGCUACCGAGAUGUCCAGCAUUGUCGGAUUAAACAAGCCUUCUGAUCUAUAUCGCCUUCCGGGACUCUGCCGAGUAUAUCAGAUCUCGGCUUACCUUUAUACGCACGUACACCGACUUGCUUUUCACCAAAUAAAUAAACAGCACCGAAAAGAAACGGCCAGCAAAUCGUCUUCAAUGACGGGCACGCUUUGGUAGCAACCCCUUAGGGAGAAUAUUUAUGUAACGAAAAAGCCAAAUAGUGCAGAUACGAUUGGGCG